CUUGAGCGCCUCGCCUCGUCAUAGGUACCCACCAUCUGGAGAUCUGUGAAGUGUGUCCUGCUGCAGAAAUUAUGGAGGCCUCGCCAGGCCGCUAAAAAUCGAGACUCGAGAGCAAUCCUGCUAACAAGGAUUGAAGGAGUUGGCUCAAGACAUGGUGGUGGGAAGGAGCAGGCAUUGAGAGCUGACCUGCUCAUGUGAUCUGCGCAACCGUCGUGGUGCAUUGAUCACCUGCCAAACCUGUCUGUGUAAGGGUGGCCUCCGUUUAUCCAGAAUGGCUUACACGGAGGGCUGGCUAAUUCUCUUGAUUGCUCUUGGUUCUGCACUUUUCAGCGAGGCGGUCAACUGGCUGUUUGUGUACCGGACUGCAACGUACAAGAACUUGCGAUCCAACAUCGACAAGGCAACCAAGAAAUUGGAGGUGAUGAAGGGGCAGCCGGCGGCGGUGGUGAAGGCAAAGGGCAAGAGCAAGAAGAUGGACCGGGUGGACAGCUACCUGAAAAACACGAACCAGGCGCUCUCCGCCACGCGGUUCCGCACCAGCAUCAUUGUCUAUGGCAUCAUGUUCAUCGUCUUCAGCAUCAUGAACACCCUGUUCGACGGCAAGAUGGUUGCCAAGCUCCCGUUCACGCCAUUUGUCAUCUUCCGGGCGCUCUCGCAUCGCAACCUCCCGGGGGAGGACUUUACCGACUGCUCGAUGGUCUUUCUUUACGCCAUCGCCGGAGCGGCGCUGAGACCCAACGUUCAGAAGUUGCUCGGUUUCUCACCACCUCGACCAACGGGCCAAACUGUCUUUGGCAUGCCCUUACCAGACACUGCGAAAGACAAGUGAAGAUGACAAAGCCCUAAAUUGGUUGGGGACGGUUCUUACAAACUGCCAUCUGUUGCAGUUUCACCCUUGAUGUACGCCCCUUCCACUCCGACCGCAUUGAAUACUUUGUCGGUUUAAGCAGACCAUCUUCUCAUAUAUUUGGAUCUAUACUUGGUAAUCGGCUACUCGUUGAAACUUUCGCUGAUCGAUACAUUCUCC